GAGCUGUGUGGGUUUUAUGCACAUCUCCAACGUUCAGCAGCUUAACGACCACCCAGGGAGUUCACCAUCCGGAAGUCAAGUCCAGGACUGUGACUGAGGGUCAGCGGCUGUAAAGAGCAUCCCUUUUAUAGGUUCCAGACCCCAGUGGGUCAGCCUCGAGCCAGCACGCUCUCCUCUCAGCAAGUCUCUUAUGUCUCACUAACAAACAGACGUGGCGUUUUGGAGCAUUAUUUUGAGUGGUGCACUUUCAUCUUAGGCCUGAUGUAGCCGGACACCGUUUUUUUAGCAAGAACUGCUUGUUCAGUACAGGGAGGAAGGAGAGGUGUCUACAGCUGAGGGUCUCCUGAGGAUGGACGAGACCCCGUUGUGUUACCCCUCCCAGGAAAUCAUGCCUGGUUUUUCUAGUGUGUAAACCUGUAGUAUGUUGCCAUCUAGUGGAACAUAGGCAAACUAAGAAUUAAUGUAUGCUGACUGUGAGUCCAGCAGAGCUAAUUACGUCAGCCAGGGAAACAGCUGAAAGUAAAUGCAGGCAAGCCCAGGGAAGCUGAAGUUGACUUUUCGUAGUCAUGUUUUCCUAGCGUUGGCAGAAGUCACUCUGUUUCUCAGGAGUUCAUGAAUAUUUACCACAGGGGAGCUUACAAGCUUUUCAAACAUAUAACCAGGUCAGGACCCUGUAUUUCCAUUGUCACCUGUGCCAUAGUCACAGUUUCCCACCCAAAUUCCUAGGCAAAAGGCUUGGUCAUUACAAGGUUAUUUUAGUAUUUUUAAAAAUGUGAUUUUAAGGUUUCCAGGACCUUUCUUACAAACAUUUCUGUUUUUCCUACUAUAUUUCCACAGAAUAAGUUUAUUUUUAGGAAAAGCAAACCCAUGACUUCAGAAAGUAGGACUUUCACAUCUUAAAUUGUAAACAGGUCCCAGGAAUGCCCAGGCCUGUGGCUGUACCUGCCCUGCAUGAGUGCCUGCAGACUGCGGAGGAGCCCGUGGGCACUGACUGCCUGUCCUGCUGUGUCUUUGCCCUUUCGCUUAUGUUUACUUAGAUCCCUGCCUGGAGCCACAGCGGCUGAGUGUGCCUCAAAUCUGAAGAAAAUCUACACGGUACAAACAGUACAGAUAUUCUGGAGUGUGUACAAUAACAUCCCUCCGGUGACUAGCCUGCCUCUGAGAUGUAGUUAUCAUUUAAUGAGAGGAGAGAGGCGACCGCUUUGGGAAGAAGAGAGUAAUGCGAAGGGCGGUGCGUGGAAGAUGAGAGUGCCCAAGGACAGCACGUCCACAGUUUGGAAAGAGUUGUUGUUAGCGACUAUCGGGGAGCAGUUCACAGACUGCGCCGCAGCAGAUGACGAAGUCAUAGGAGUCAGCGUGAGUGUCCGGGACCGAGACGACGUGGUCCAAGUCUGGAAUGUAAAUGCCUCUUCAGUGGGCGAAGCGACCGUUUUAGAAAAGAUCCAUGAACUUCUGCCCCACAUAGCUUUUAAAGCAGUAUUUUAUAAACCCCAUGAAGAGCAUCAUGCUUUUGAAGGUGGACGUGGAAAACACUAAUUGCACUCUGUAAAGAAUUCUUUGUCCUUUGCUGAUUGGUUUUGGAAACGGUCUUAACAGGAGGGAGAGUGAAGAGGAGACUUGCCGAAGUCCGAUGCUGGUCAAUUUAGAGUGGGCUCUGUGCUUGCAGAUUGGCACCUAGGACUCACAGCGGCAGGUGGGGUGGGGGACACUGUGGGUUUCUGCCGUCACAUUGCUUGCUUUUUUUUUUUCUUUUUAAAUUCUGUGUUCUUUUCACUCAAUUUUUUUGCCCUUUUAAAUUCCUUAUUUGGUCUAAUUACUGUUUUGUACACUCUCCUUUCACUGAGGCCCAAGAAACCAGUUUCCCUUCCAGUAGCUAUGUUGCACCUAGUCGAUGAGAAUAUGCUUAAUCGUGACAGGACUGCUUUUGCAGACCACGCUGCGCUGGCAGGAAUACCCGGGGUGAAACCUGUCUUGAGUGUUAUUUGUUGCGACACACUCGUACGUACUAGGCACUGGCAUUGUUUUUUCUGUCCUGGGGAAAAGAAAAACCACUUUAUCAGAUGUUGCACUGACAGCAUACACAUCUUUUAUUUUUCCUUUUUAAAACUUUUUUUAGUAUGAGAGGAAAAAAAUAGUUCAGUUGCCCAACGUGAAAACUGUAAUGACAGUUGAGUAUCAGGAUACAAAUCGAACUCCAGGUUUGGACUCUGAACAUAUUUCUGACCAGAAUUUCAGUUUGGCCCUCUCAUGGGAGGGUUUAGAUGGUAACAAGGGGUUUCUCCAGAUAAGAAACCUUCUACUUCUGAUUUAAAGAGGAGGGAACAUUUUAAUUGUUUGAAUUAAGCUUCUUCCAAAUUUUGGGUGUAUGUACCCACUUAGGGCUUUCCACAUCAGUGUCACACGUUUUGGUAAGUGACCCCCUUUGCUGCCCACAUCGGGUGUCAUUUCCAGCCAUCAGCAGUCCUCCCACACGGGCAGCUUUCCUUUGCGUUUUCAUUGAGGGGCAGGAAGUUAGAGCUCGUUUCCCGGAUGAAUGUGAACAUUCACAAAGUUGAACUUUGAGUGUGUAUCUGUUCAUAUUAAUUUUUGGAAUUGUUAAUAUAUAUUGUAUUCUGUUACCGAAGCAACUCUGGUGUUGGUGGAAGGAAACACCACGCUUUGGCGCUGACUCGCUCAGCGGCCUAUUGGCCGCCUUGCCUCUGCACGCUCCCCCGCUCUACCUGAAAGAGGUGGGCUCCUUCGAAGGCGCCGCCUCCUGCUGGGGCUUUUUUGGGGUCAGGGUUGCUCUCAGGUGCUUACACAUUAUAGAGAAAGGCCGAGCGCUCAGAGCUUCAUUGUAACCAGGAUUUUUAAUUCCUCUUGCAGUGUUGACCAGCAGAGAGCCAUAGAGGUACCUCAAGCCUCCAACCUGUGUUUGUAAAUAAAAUUCUUCAUUCAAACAUUUGAAAGGACUUUCAACAACAUCUGUUUAUAAAAGUUGUACCCUUCAUUUGCAUUACUAACCACAUCAACCAUAAUAACAAUGAUCAUAGUUUUUAAAAAAAUGCUUUGUUUCUAAACUUGAGUUUCUUCAGCAAUUUUUAAAUGAGGUACCAAGGAUAUCAGACCCGUUUUCACAAGCCUGGAACUUGUUUCUUUAAAUAUUGUACUAACAUCCAGCUCGUUUUAUUAUUCAUCAAGAAUUUUAAAAAUUACUAUACACAUGAGUUAAAAUUCUUUUUUUAUAACAUAAGUAUUUUUCUGAUAGAUUAGAAAAGGCUAUAAUUGAGUUAUCUUCAUUAUAAUUGUCAUAGCUUCCAUGAGUAAAUGGGUUUUGAAGUAUUUUUAUUUUUGAACUUUAUCUGAAAGCAUUGUGAUGACAUGUUCAACUUCUGCAUGUAUGUAGCUUUUGAAGUAAAAAAAAUAAAAUAAAUAGGAAUGUUAGGCUCA